UUCCAAUCAAGAUCCCCACAACAUAUCUCAGCCUCUCACGUGGUCCUGCAAUCCGGUAUUUUGUCUCAUUCCAUUGGCAGUCUUUGUUCACGCAUCACUGUUCGCAAUCAUGAAAGCUGUGUUGCAGAGGGUCAAGUCUGCCUCUGUCACCGUCGACGGCAAGCUCAUCUCCAAUAUUGGAAUGGGCAUACUGGUCUUCGCAGCCGUCGGCAAAGAUGACACGCAAGCCGAGGUGGAGAGGAUGGCCUCCAAAGUCCUCAAGAUGCAAAUGUGGGACGAUGAGGAAGGGGGGAAGUGGAAGAGAAAUGUGAGAGACCUUGGGGGCGAGGUCCUAUGCGUUUCUCAGUUCACUCUUCUUGCCUCAACGAAGAAAGGUAACAAGCCGAGCUUCCACAAUGCAACUGCCGACAAUGCCCGUCAGCUGUACACGUCUUUCUUCGCCAAGGUGCAGGAUCUGUACGAGAAGGACAAGGUCAAAGACGGAGUGUUCCAAGCCAUGAUGGACGUUUCGCUAGUCAACGAUGGACCGGUAGGUUUAGAUUACCGUUGUGAGGACGAAGCGGUCACUUUGGAGAUAGACUGCGAUCCGCCAAAGAUGAAUGUGCCAGGGAAUGCGGACUCGGGCUCCUCUAGCGAAGGAGACAAGGUGAAGAUUGAAGAGCUCCUCACCAAGAUCGGCAGACUCCAGAAGCAAUUCAACAUCCCAGCCGAGCUUCUACGUUAGUGUUGGCAAGGCCUCUACGUCCAAUCGUACCGCGGACUUCCGGCGUCAGGACGCAUCACCGUGUUCAACAAGUCUGCCUCGGAAACACAGGCUUAACGGCAGUUUCCGGCAACAGCCAAGCUUAACGACGAUGU